GCUCGGCGCUAGCAGCGGAGAAAGGAGGACCCCUGGGAACAAGAUCCCGCCGUCCGGUCUCCCAGCACUUUUAAGCGGUAGCCCGGCAUGGAGGGGACUGCGGAGUCCCAAUCGCCUGACCUUCGAGAUGUGGAGGGCAAGGUGGGCAGGAAGACCCCUGAAGGGCUGCUCCGCGGGCUGCGAGGCGAAUGGGAGCCAGGAACCUCUGGCGCCCUGCUGCUCCCGGGGGCGCCCAACACGGGCCACGGCCUGGGGGACAAGAUCAUGGCGCUGAGGAUGGAGCUGGCUUACCUGCGAGCCAUCGAUGUGAAGAUCCUGCAGCAGCUGGUGACUUUGAAUGAGGGCAUCGAGGCUGUGCGCUGGCUGUUGGAGGAGCGGGGGACAUUGACCAGCCACUGCAGCAGCCUCACCAGCAGCCAAUAUAGUCUGACAGGCGGGAGUCCAGGCCGCUCAAGGCGAGGCAGCUGGGACAGCCUGCCAGACACCAGCUCCACUGACCGGCUGGACAGUGUCUCCAUCGGCAGUUUCCUAGACACGGUGGCCCCCAGCGAGAUGGAUGAACAGGGCCCCCCUGGGGCUCCCCGUCCUGAAAUGGACUGGGCAAAGGUUAUACCCAGUGGGGACAGGGCCAGGACUGAGGUGGACCUGACAGCCACCAGGCUAGGGAACUUGAGGGCUGUAUGGAAGCCCCCAGGGGAGGGGCUCCAAGGUGGACCUCCUGAACCACUAGAGGAUGAAAGUGUUACGCUUGGCUUUGAGGCCCACUGGUAUUGGGGGCAGUGCCAGGAUGAUGUGACCUUCUUGUAAUAACUUUCCCGUCCUUUCAUAUUUCUAUAACUCUUUCAUCACUAGGUCCUGGUCUCCCUAGAAAUUUAUUCUCCCUUAUUCUGGGUCUAGGAGGAGGCUGCAUUGAAAUCCAGUUACCGUGGAAACCUGGCCUUACCAUCCUUCUGGCCCCUAAGGAGGCUCUGCCUUUAUCCUUCAAUUAUUGGGACCCUAGAGCUAUUUACAUAGAUACAAUGACUCUAGAGGCUUGACCUGUAGCUUCUGGUGUGAUAGUAUCUCUUCCCCUUCCCCCUGCAACUACGUAAGGAUUUGAGGGAUUUAGGACCCAUAGGAGAUCACUGAUGAAGAGAUGGGGGUGUAAUUACCUCACCCAACAUCUAGGAGUCUUGGCCCCCCUCUUGGCCAAGAUGGAGAACUGUGGAGGGACAUGGACAUUCAGGGCCAACCUUCCAUGGAUUGGCCCUCCUAGAAGCCUCUGGGGUUGGUAGAACCAUCCCUUCCUGUCUGGUGAGUGAUGUCAUUUCCUGCCAGGAUGGAAUAGACUUUCCUCUGUACCAGUCUCUUAGUGGUGAUAGGGCAGUAUAGGGUUGUCUGAGCCCCUGCUGCUAAGUGAGACCACACCAUUUAUUCUCCAUACCGUUACUUCUUGCUAGGGGGAUCAUAUCACCCCUCCUGGUAGGAAAGCUUCUCACUGUCAGAUGUUUGUGUUCCUUUUCAGAAAGGUUCUUACUUUUUAAAUUGGGUGUUCUCAUUUUGUUCUAGGGGGUCUCACUUCCUCUGUGACCACAUCCCUAUCUGAUGCCAGUAUUCCUACAUCUGUGCUUUUAGGGAGGGAAAUUCAGGGGCCUCUACCCACGGCUCAAAAGUUUGUUUGGCCUGCCCUGCCAGUCUCCUGUCUUACCCCUUCCCUGGGUUGCCCCCAUUUUUGUAUUCUGGCUCCAAAACUGUCUGCCAGGAGGUUUAGCCUUUGUGUCUCCACACCUUCUCAGUUUCCACUUCCACUUCUUCAGGGCCUCCGGCCUUUUAUAUGCAGAUGAGUCCCCCAUCUACCCCCCUCUCUCCCCAUUGCUGAUGGGAAUCAGAGGGAGAAGAAGCUUGAAGAGCUCUGGGGGUGUAUCAUAAUUUCCAAAGAGGGGAGGUAUCUUCUCUGAUCCUGUGAUUUCCCUUCCCCCAUCCUGCCCCGGACCUUCUACCAUUUGUCACAAGGAUGCCUGCCAGAGGCUGAGACACAAGAAAUCUCCUUGUCUGGAUUACAAUGGGAGUGUGGGGGUGUGGCAGGGAAAGACAGAGGCUCUUUGGUCCUAAGCCCCACAUCCUAUGAGGGGCAGAGAUAGAGGGGAAGGCUGCUUUCCUUCCUCCCUUAGAGCAAGCCCUAGACCCCUGGGACCUGAGGUGGGAGCAGGGAACUGGCUCUGAGCCUAGGUCCUAAGGCCCUAGUGAAUUACAGCAAAGAAGGAAUUCAAGGAGGCUGCCAACCUGGGGCCCAAGGAGAGGACAAGUGGGGGUAGUUGGGGGGGGGGGUGCAGUUGUGAAAGAAGGGCUGUGGCUGAUGUCAGAGAAUGAAUUCUUGGAGAUUAACCCUUUGAACCCCAGCUAACUGCCUAUAUGUUGGUCUUUGUUUUUCCUGGGGCCUGAAACUAAUCAUUGGAAGGCAAAAAAGAGAGAAAAGGAUGUCAGGUGAUCCUUGCCUAUUUGCUGUGCCUUCCACCGUGGAGGAGGAGCUUCCCCAAGUGCUAUAAUAACUCCUGCAAUUUCUCUACCUUUUGUUCUAUGCUGGAGAAGGGAAAGAAGACAAGUUAAUCUCCACUUUCCCUAAAUUUCUCAAGUUUUGUUCUGCAACUCCCACCCCAGUCCUUUUGGGGCAAUGUGUUCAUUCCAUAGCUCCCCCCUAAGGACUCGCUCUUCUCCCAUCCCCUCAAAGUGAUCAAAAUUUCUAAAGCAUAUUCUUAGCCUUUCCUCCUUUGCUACUUAUCAGCCCUCUCCUUAACACCUCUUCUGGUCUUGGGGCUCCUGACUUCCCCUUAGGGUGGCAGUUCAAAUGCCCUUCUCCAGUUCCUACUCUGUUGCCAUUUUGUAGCAUGCCUCGGGUAAACUACCUUUUCACUUAGAAGCUUUGUGUUCUUUUUUGAAGCUUACUUGUUUGGUUAGGCUACAAACUUCUGAGCUGAAGAGGAGGUGCGCCAUCUUGUGGCCAUUGUGUGCCAUAGCCGGGGUAGCUGCCUAGAAUCUCAAAGCUCAAGUAUAGCCUUACAGAACACUGGACCUUCAGUGCACAGACAAGCUAGAGAGACAGGCCUAGAGAGGGCAGAGAUUUGCCCAGUGUCACCCAUUGUAGAUCCAAGGCAAGACUCUAGAGAACCCAGAUUUCUUGCCUGUCUGCCCACAGUGCCGUCACUUGGCUAGACUGUUCCCCCAUUCCACCCAGUUAACACCACCCAAAGGACAGAAAGCAAUUUUUCCUUGUGUUAAUAUUUAGGUUCUUAAUCCUACUCUAGAGAGGCAGCUCAGGGUUUAGAGAAAGUGCUAUAGGCUCUGAGGAAAGAGAACCUUGGACCUCGACUAGGUAAAAGCUGCAUGAAUCUGGACUGCAGAUAUAAGAAAAAUCAUCCUGGACAAACCCUUUUCCUAGGGAGGGCCAGUAGGCCCAGACAUUAUGGAGGAAGAGCUCAGCAUUUCAGACCUGGAGGUUAGAAGUAAGGUGGGGGUGGGGAGCUUUGAAAUUAGGAAAUCCGGAAGAAUCCUGUGGAGUUGGGGAGCUCCGCAGGUCUAGGGAGUACAGCACAGUUGGAUAGGCACAACUGGGUAAAGGCAGAGAUGAGACUGCUCCUGGAAGCUGCAAAAACAAUGCCUGGGAGGGUAAAGGGUGGUGCUGACAGGAUGAGCCCAUCGAGGAGAUAUGAGACCUUGGGAGUGGGCAAGUGUAAGAGCCUGCAUUUAGGAUGGAGCAGUAAGGUUGAGUAUUGGACUGAUUGGAAGCUCGGUGGCAGCUUAGAUGAGAAAUGCUUGGAGCUUGUAGCAGACAGGCUCACUGUGUGUAUGGGUUCCAGGCACUACUUGGUGUUCAGUGACACCUGUUGAAUGAAUGGAAGAACGAAUGUGUGUAAACCCACAAGGAGAUAGGACUUGUUUUUUAAAAAGUAGCUAAUUAGGUCAUAGUAGGUAAUAUAAAUAUUAUUCUAUUUAAUUCUUAGCAACCCUCUAAAUAAUGCAUUAUUAAUCAUGUAUUGUUGCUUAGAUAUAUGUUCAUGGUGAGAUAGGUAAUAAAUCAACUAUAAUAGGAACCUGGGUCAGUCUGGCUGCAGGGGCUUCCCAGAAGUCUUUGAUUCCCCACUCCCUACUGUCACAGACCUUACUCCCCUAGGAGAACAGGUUAUGCUGCCUAGCAGCAGGGCUAGUAUGCUAGUUUCCUCCUGCUGCUAUCAUGAAUUACCACAAACUUAUUGGCUUAAAACGACAUAAAUUUAUGGGAAUGCAAGCUGGUGCAGCCACUCUGGAAAACAGUAUGGAGGUUCCUCAAAAAACUAAAAAUAGAACUACCCUACAAUCCAGCAAUUGCACUACUAGGCAUUUAUCCACGGGAUACAGGUGUGCUGUUUUGAAGGGACACAUGCACCCCCAUGUUUAUAGCAGCACUAUCAACAAUAGCCAAAGUAUGGAAAGAGCCCAAAUGUCCAUCGAUGGAUGAAUGGAUAAAGAAAAUGUGGUAUAUAUACACAACGGAGUAUUACUCGGCAAUCAAAGAGAAUGAAAUCUUGCCAUUUGCAACCAUGUGGAUGGAACUGGAGGGUAUUAUGCUAAGUGAAAUUAGUCAGAGUAAGACAAAUAUCAUAUGACUUCACUCAUAUGAGGACUUUAAGAGACAAAACAGAUGAACAUAAGGGAAGGGAAACAAAAAUAGUAUAAAAACAGGGAGGGGGACAAAACAGAAGAGACUCAUAAAUAUGGAGAACAAACAGAGUUACCGGAGGGGUUGUGGGAGGGGGAUGGGCUAAAUGGGUAAGGGGCAUUAAGGAAUCUACUCCUGAAAUCAUUGUUGCACUAUAUGCUAACUUGAAUGUAAAUUUUAAAAAAUAAAAAAUAAAAUUUAAAAAUAAAUAAAUAAUAAACACUAACAAAAAACAAACAAACAAAAAAAUGACACAAAUUUAGCAUCUUACAGUUCUGGAGGUCAGAAGUCUGAAAUCAGUUUCACCGGGCUAAAUUAAAGUCUGUAUUCCUUCUGGAGACGCCAGGGGAGAAUCCAUUUCUUUGCCUUUUCUAGUUUCUAGAGGCUGCUUGCAUUCCUUGGUUCAUGGUCCCUUCCUCUAUCUUCAAGGUAACAGGAUAGCAUCUUCUCUCCUUGUGUUAAUAUUUAGGUUCUGACCUCUUCUUCCAUUCUUUCAUCUUCUUUAAUUCUGUCUUUUGAGGAUUAUAUUGUGAUUACAUAUGCUUGUGAUUAUAUUGGGCCCACUGGGAUGAUCUAGGAUCAUCUCCUCAUGUCAAAAUCCUUAAUUUAACCUCUUCAAAGUCCCUUUUGUCACAAAAGGUAAAAUAUUCAUGGGUUUUGAGGAUCAGAAAAUGAACAUCUUUGGAGUAAGAACCAUUAUUCAGCCUACCAAAGGCAGAGAUGGAAGGUGGGCAGAUGGAUGCACCCAGGCCCCGAAUGAGCCUGUAUGCUUUGUCCAGCCUCCCUCAGCCUGGAGUGAAGGGUGGUGGGAAAGUGGUGGCCAAGGGGAAGGUGGCCAGGUGCAGGCCCCAUGUCUGGAGAAUGGCAAGUGCCUCUUGCAUCAUCACUACCAGGCAGAGCUGAGAUUAAAGGGAGAAAUUCUCAGUUUAGGGAAUUUUCAGGCUUGACACUCUCCUAGUGAACAUGGUGGAGGGUUCCAGCAAGCUCUGUCUUCAACACUGCCUCCUCUCCAGAACCAUUCUGUGCAAGGCGGAAGGUAAUUACCAGCGAACUAGGCUGGGCUCUCUUUAGAAAGGGUAGAUUUGUUCUCUCCUUUUUAAAUUAGUUUUUAUUCCUUAAUAAGUUAAACCAUGCUCCUCAUAGUGUGAUGAACUCUCAUCCUCAGUUGAUAUUAGGCCCCUUUAUUGCUUUAUUUUCUUCUUUUGAUCCCUGAUCCCUGUUCUCAUUCCUCUUCCUGACCUAGGCAUAUACUCUGAUGUGUUUAGUAUGUGUUCGGAUAUGUUUGUAUCUUUAAAAAAAUAGAUAAUUGUGCGCUUAUAUGUUGAGAUAUAUAUAUAUAUAUAUACAUAUAUAUAUAUAUAUAUAAAUGGUAUUAUUUUACAAUAAGCUAACUUCCAUAACACAUUGCCCCAUAUUUCAGUGAUUUAAUACAAUAAACAUUUCCUUUUCACUUACACAGGAGCACAGGUAUUCCCGCUUGGACGGCUCUCUUCCCCUGGCCAUUUCAGGUUUGAAAUGGCUCCUUCCAUUUUCAGGUGGUGAUAGCCUGAUUCUGUGUCAUAAAAUUCCUGUCAACUUUUUGGCAAAUUGUUUUAACAUCUAUUAAUGACCAUUUUAUAAAUUGGUUAUUUUAUUAGAGAUUACAAAAUGAUGCCUUUUCUAGUAAUAUUAUUCCCUCUGUUAUUCUAAUUCUACACAUAAAACCUUUUUCACAUCCUCUAGGA